CAUGCAAACUCAGCACAGAAGGCUCCAGACCGGGAUUCGAACCUAGAACCCUUCUGCUGUGAGGCGACAGUGCUAACCACAACAUGCUGCAAUAAAGCAAAUAGAAUUGUAUUUUGAAAGCACGUCUCGGAUACGCUAUAUCUCAUUUCCGGACUCUUCACGCGGCUGAUCCAUAUGGGCUGAUCUCUGAGUUUGUGCGGGUUUGGGGCGGAGCGUGCUCGGUUGGUAAGGGAGAGGAAAGGCAGAGACAACAGCGGGCACGGACGGACGCCCUCGCUCGUCUUCGCUUUGUGUCUAACGUCUGUCUCCAAAUGGCAACGACAGCGGACGACCAGCGGGAACCGGCGGACGUCACUGCGUUGUCGCCGCACCACGGCUGCCAUCACCACAAUAGCAAUAACAACAACAACAACAAUAAUAACAACAACAAAGACAGCGAGGCGGGAGAGAGCGCGACCUCCGCCACCGCCAGCACGACAGAACCCGGCGGGACGGCGUCGCAGAGCAUCGGUAACGGAUCUGUCAUCAACCCUACCGGGGGCAGUAACGGAAAGUGGGUCCGACUGAACGUCGGCGGCACGGUGUUCCUCACGACGCGGCAGACCCUCCUCAAGGAGCAAACUUCGUUCCUGUACCGGCUGUGCCAGCAGCAGGACCUGCACUCAGACACGGAUGAGACGGGAGCCUAUGUGAUUGACAGAGACCCGACCUACUUCGGUCCCAUCCUCAACUACUUGCGGCAUGGAAAACUGGUCUACAACAAGGAGCUGGCUGAAGAAGGUGUCCUGGAGGAGGCUGAGUUUUACAACAUCACCCCACUGAUCAAACUGAUAAAGGAGAGGAUUGUGGAGAGGGACUCCAAAGCCACGCAGCAGGUGCCCCCCAAGCAUGUCUACAGAGUGUUGCAGUGCCAGGAGGAGGAGCUGACCCAGAUGGUCUCCACGAUGUCGGACGGCUGGAAGUUUGAGCAGGUCAGCGUGCGCGCCUGCAGAAAGCCCCGCACUGGACUGCUCUGGACUAUGGUGAACAUCGGCUCAUCAUACAGCUACGGAACGGAGGACCAGGCUGAGUUUCUGUGUGUCGUAUCCAAGGAGCUUCACACUCCUGGAUCUGGACUGGGUACAGAGCAGAGCCAUAAAACCAAGGCGGCGGAGAUGCAGGAGGAGGAAGUCGCGAAGGAUGAGGAGGAGGAGGAGGAGGAGGAGGAGGGAGGGAGAGAUACCACACCAAAUGAGUGGCUUAGAGAAUGAGGGAGUCAUGUUUCUUUGUUCCCAAGAGAGGCUGGAAUGGCUUUUCCAGAUCCAUGGGUCCCGGAUGUAGAAAUCACUAGAGUUUAAGUUAUUUUUUUUUCUAUGCUUAUUAUGACAUCUUGUACGUGGUGUGUCUGUGUGUUGUGUCAAUGGACAGUCAUCAGAACAGAUUUGUAGCAUUCCAUUGACAAAAUGCCAGUCAGCAAGAGAACCAAAUGACCAAAAAGAAGAAACAAAACAACCUAAAACUCCCUGUAAGUCGCAGCAAUAUCUUCAAAGGUAUUUUUCAGUCGAACCAAUUUUAUUUGUAGAAGUAAUCAGCGUAGGUGUGUGAAAAUGUUCCAUCGCCAAGGGAAGUAGUGGACCUUAGUAAAUUACAACCAAAGAUCCAGAUUAAAGCUGGCUGAUCCAAGGUGCUCAACCAAAAUGUGACGGGGAAUACGAAAUCUGCCUGAAGAAAAUUGACAUCAUCUUCGUCACCCACCGAAGAACUGUUGCUGCAUCACUAUGAUCAGAUAAAUGGCGAGAGGUGUGCUAGGAUCAAAUUGCAACUGUGUUGUUCAUCUUUGGGUUAAUACAUGUCUUAAUGUCAGCAUAGUUGGCAUGGAGGCUUUAAUCAGUUCAACAGAAUUUACCGUAAUAAUUCUUAGAGCUUACUAUCAUCCCCGUGAUGGAUGCAGUUGUUCCCUAAGCUUUAUACUGAACCCCAUUGAAAGAAAUGGGUUUGAUCAUAUUGUACACAGACUCCACAGCCCUUGUAGUCAAGACAGGAGCAGAUCUUGGCAGUGUGCACUGCAUACACAGCACAGAAGCGUUUGUUAAACCAGCUGAGUUAGCCUGAUUAGAUGGCCUCAUCCUUGAGUAAGUACAUCUUUGGUUCUGAACUGCAUGGAGUGCGCUGAUCCUGGUACACCUCCUUGCAGGUCUAGUUAUUUGCUCUCAGUGUGAACUUGGAUUAUCCCUGGAUCUGAUCUCAUAGUAUUAGAAGUUAGUUUUGCCAUUGAUUGGUAAUGUUGGCUUUAAAUUGACAGAUGGAAACAGUGUAGCUGGAGACGGGCAAGGAAAUUGACAAACUGACAAAAACAUACACCAACAUGCAGAAACGCCCUGUCGUGUGCUGAUAUGCACCUGCAUCACCGCACGCCAGUGCAUGCUCGGCGGCUCAGUCUCAGUCUGCCACCCUGGCUGACAUCCAGAACCAGCUUUGGCCCAAGCUGACAGGACACUGUUGGUGUGAGUUAGGAAAGGCUACAGCAGAGAGUGGGUGGAGGGGGUGAGACAGGAGAGCAAGGUGUAUCUCCAUGUUAUAGUAGUGAUAGUCACACAACGUCCUCUGGCAUUGUCUUUGUUUGUCAGUGUCAGCUCUCAGAUCCGCCGCACUGCAGGUGUAUGAUUGAAAAGGGUUUUAAGAAGCGGUUUCAUUUACCAGCCUCUACUGGCAACAUGCAGGAGCUACAGCACAGAUCAAAUGUGUACGCUGUGCACAGUAGUUUGUAUCACGUGUGUAAUGUAAUGAAUUCAUUUUUAGAGGUCAUUCAACAAAUGCGCCUGCCAUAAAGUUUUCACAGCACAUUUACUGGUAAAUUCUGAAGGAGUAGUUGUUGAAUGUUGAAGUUUUUCAAAAUUAGAGGAUGUUCACUUUUUAUCAGCAGGUAACAAAAUGUGUACAUACAGAUUUAACCCAGAAUAGUGUACAAUAGUUCAGUGUCAUGCAUUAGCUUACCAGAAAAUAUUUAACCGUAUAAACAUAACAAACACAGUGUGGCACAAAUGCUAAUAAAAACAGGUCAGGUUUUUUUUUUUUAAAGCACUCCUUGGAGGCAUAAAUAACUAAAACAGUUGAGUUCAUUCACAGUGGUGGGAGCCAAACAAUCAUAACAGUAAAAAAUAACAUUAAUAAGGACUUUUAGGAUAAAUUCAUAUUUAUUUAUGUUUUCACUUUUUUAUGGAAUUUAUUAACAGAAGUAAAACGUAAAAUGUUGUUACUGCCCACUGCAGUUUACCCCAAGCAGAGAAAUUAUUUAUGCCUCUAAGGUUUCUGCAGCCAUAUUGCUGGCUGUCAGUAUCUCAUGUCUGAUCUGCCCAUCCCUGCUGUUUAGCUCCUGUGUAGCCCAGACAAACACAGGGGCUGUCUUUAUACUGACACUCAGUUUCUGGAGGUACAGUUUGAGACAAUCCGGAAUCAGCAUCUGUGUUUGGCAAGUUAUUUUGAUAAUUAUAUCUUUUUUUAGGGGGGGGUGAAGCUGCAAAUGCAUUUUUGUGUGUGUGUGUGUGUGCAUAAGCAUAUGCAUAAGAUAAAGUGUCUUGUUCAUUUCAAGUGUAAAAUAGAAAGACAUCCUGGACCUUUCAGGUUCUUUGCAAUACCUUAUUAGCUGGAUUAUUAGAAUACAAUCAAUGUUAGAAUAGUGAUGAUACAGUUGCUCAUCGUGCUUAUGAUAAUCAUACCAGUGAUAUUAGCAGGAGGGAGAAGACUGAAAGAAACAGUCAUGUUUUUUUCUUCUUUUUUUAAAAAAAUUUCUGCUUUUUUUUCUUGUGGCUCUUUUUAAACUCGCAUCAUUUGGUGCCUUCAAGCAACAAAACUGACAUGUCAUAAGACGGUCAUAGAUGUUAAUACGUGCAUUUUUUUUAAAAAUAGCUGUAUUAAUAUUUUGGUGUCUGAACACUCUCACUGAGAGUCCAGGUUUAGUAUUGGUGUUAUAUGCUUCCAGUGCAUAUUUACUAUGAGAAUUUUAUUUUUCAUAAGAUGUUCAAGCAGAGCUAAACAAAGUGCACAGCGUGCAGGUGCAUGUGGAGCUGAAGCUGUUCCAUGCAGCCCUUGGUGAAGGUUUCAGCAGUUUUGUAUACAUUGUUAAACCUUUUUUAUUUUUUGUAUGUUCAGUUGUCUAAUUUAUUCUCCAGAGUUUUGUUUUGUUUAGUUUUUUGGGUUUUUUUUUUUUUUGAAUGUUGCAAAAGUAAAAUGAAUUUGGGCUUUGACUUUUUUAGUGUUUUCAGGGGUGGGGUGGGGGGGCGGGUCUAAAAUGUCUUUAGGUGACUUUUGCUUUUUUCUACUUGAUGACUAGCUUUUGUUUUUUGAGCUCACUGAUUAUCUUCAACAGUACAGUGAAAUAAAUUCAUCAGGUUUAGUAAAUAUGCUAGUUUUUAGUCUUCACAUAAAUGCUGUUUGACAGACCUCUCCCCAAGAAUAGUUUAGUUUUCCUGUCAAAUUAAAUGUUAACAUUAGUUAUGUUUAUAAAGCUCCAUUUGCAUGUCCAGUUACCUUGUUUGGUUUGCUGGAUCCACAUUUUUUAUUUGUACACUCAUUGCUGAAUUGAUUCUCCUAUACAGUAGAGUGUGUUUUUUUAGUAAUUAAGUACAUAGUAAUUGAUGUGCAACAGUCUAUAUAACAGUCCUCUUUCAUAUUCAGUGCAAAAAAACAAAUCUGCCGGGCAGCUGUGGAUAGAAAACUGUUUUUAUCUGAUGCUGGAGUUUCUUUCUUCUGCUGUCCAUAGAGCCUUGGUGUCUGUAUACAUUAAACAAAACUAUGUGACACGUGCAUUGUAAAGCCUCAGAUGAACCUGUACAGGCACCAAAAAAUGCUGUGCGUUUUCAUUUCAUUGAAUUGUAUUCAUCAGGAUAUUCAUCAGCAUACAACAUUUUCAGCAGUGUGGCAGAAGGUGUUUUUCUUAAUGUAAAUGAAUAUCACCAUUCUCAAAAAAUAAAUUUUUGUUCCUUG